AAAUUCCACUUGUAAAUCGAAAAUUCAGACCUAAUUUUGUUAGAAAUGGCUCUAUUUAGGAAUAUAAACUGGGAAAGCAUCCUUGCCUUAAGUAUACGAGUGCUGUUCCUUAGUUUUUUGGAUAUAAUUUUCAGAUUUAGCUACCAAUACCUCGGAUGGGUGUCAUAUAUUGUGCGAUGUUUAGGACUCUUAACUCUAUUGAUUGUUACUGGAUUACCAAACAGCAGUUUGAUGACAGUCUUCAGGAUUAUGUUGGGAACUUCUAAUAUAAUUAUAGCUUGGAUUGUAACAUCGUUGUAUAUAAAGUGUGGAGAAACGUCAGAAUACGCUGUGCAUAUUUUAAUCGUUCUAAAAUUAGUGCAGAUUAGUUUAGUUCUGUUUUAUUAUUGGUUUAAUGAAGUAAACACAAUAUAUCGGUUUGCAGUGUAUGUUUACUUCUUUUUCAUCGGAGGAACGGUGUUACAAAUUUCUCCUGAUUGGAUUUUCAACGUCUUAACUAUAGUCACAAUUUUAAGCCUUGUUUUGUUAUGCCUUCAUGUGCUUGAGAAUGGAAUCUUGACUCCUGAACAGGAAAGGCGUAUAGAUUUAUACCUUCAACGUUUGGAUGGAUUUGAUUUGGAUGACAUUAUAAACAUAUUCCAUAGAAAUGAUUUUUGUACAUAUUUAAUAGUUCUAUGUACUGUAUGUCUAAUUAACAACUGGUUCGAUGUUGACAUUUAUAGUAAUCAACAUUUCAAACCAACUAACUUGGUGUUAUAUACUACACUCGGUAUGUGUUGUUGUACUGUUAUCUCCGUUAUAGCAUUUUCUACAAUUUCAAUUGUUAUUUCUAAACAUUUGUUUAAAUUCUGCUUUUUCAUUGUUGAAGGAAAAUAUGAAUCCACACAAGAAGAGCUCGGGUUACAUAUAUUGAAUAUCUUAAACGUAUAUUUAUGUACAACAGACAUGGUCGUCUUUGACAUGCAGCCACUAGAUCGUGGUAUAUUUUUGAUCAACAGAAUUGUAUUUCUUGCAGUUUGUUCUACAGAAUUGUGUUCAAUCAUUGUAGAAGUGUCGAGCAAGGAAGUGGCAGCAACACCAGCAUCAGGAUUCAACACCCUUAGAGUUAUUGGCGUGCAUAUUGCAUUUAGUAUUGGAUAUGUGGCAAUACUAUAUGAACUUCUAGUCCAAUAUUCCAUGAAUGAUUUGGGCAUUUUUCUUUCAACAGUGUUUUUCGUUUGUAAUUUACUACGAACAUUUGCCUCGCUUAUUAUAUUUUGUCUCUAUAAACUUGAUGAAACUCGCCAGGAUUUUUGGGAAAACUUUGACGAUGUGAUAUUUUACGCACGUAUGACUUUUUCAACGAUUCUAAUAGUAAUUUUAUUGCCAACGGCUUGUGUUGGUGUUUGGACAGUAUUUUAUGGAUUCUACACAUGGUUUGAUUUAUAUCGAUUAUUAAUAUUGUGGCUGGUCAAUGUUUUCUCCGGUAUAUACGUUUUAUUUGAAACUAUUCGACAGAGGAAAAGGGUCUUGGCGUAUACUACUAUUUUAAAAGAUGCAUCACUUUCUCAACUAAACAGGGAUGACUGCAGUAUUUGUUUGCAUGAAAUGAUGAAAGGAAAAGUAACUCGCUGUGGUCAUGUGUUUCACGAGAUAUGCAUACGAAAGUGGUUGAAUACGAGACUGGUGUGUCCAAUGUGUAACACAUCGAUUAUAAUACAUGUACAAUAAACUUUGAUUAUACAUUCAUACUAUAUUCAGUGGAAAACUUGAAAUCAUUUGUAGUGUGACCCCUUAAAUAGUAAACAUUUUAAAGAAAACAGUAGACAGGAUCAGGGCCGACGUUCUAUACUAACACACUAACAUAGUAAGUCCCUGACAGAAUUCAAAAAGUCUCUAUAUAUCAAAGUAGUAUAAUCGUAGUUUACAUGUAGAUAAAGGCGAAAAAUAAUUGUCUUCUCUAAUGAGGUAGUUGUGGUUCUUGUGAUCUAAACAUGAUAUGAAACGCGAAAAAUAAUUGUCCCCUCUGAGAGGUAUAAUAGUUUUGAUUCUUGCGAUCUAAACACCAUGAUAUGGAGAACGCUCUGAACGGCUUUUUUUCUCUUCAUUUUUGUUAUCCAUCAUACGAUUGGAUGAAAUUGUGUCAUGUUUUACUUAUUUGAAUAUUUAUACAAAAGUAUGACCUUUUCAAUAGUAAAAAUUUCAAAGAAACAAUUGUCCUCUAUAAGGAGAUAACAUAGCUGUGGUUCUUGCGAUCUAAACACCAUGAUAUGGAGAACGCUCUGGUUGGCUUACUUAUUUUUCAUUUUUGUUAUCUAGCAUACGAUUGGUUGUAUUUGUGCAUCUUUCCAACCGGAAGUAUUAUCUAUGACUUAAAGUCAGCCCGAUGACGGAAUCCUAUCCGGUCUCCUUUUUUGUCGUUUUUCUCCUAAAGUAACUCCAUCUGAAUAAUCAUAAGAAUGGAUGACAAAUGCGACUAUGCAUGUUACCAAAAAGGACACAGAGGAAUGAUGAUUGAUUUUUUGUGGAAGGAAGAGAAGCGACACACAAAAUGAGGUCUUAUCGUUUAAUAGUAUAGAUAAUACCAUAAAGAACGUUUUCACCAAGUUUUGAUAUGAAAAGCAAUAAAGAAAAAAAUGGGAGUUAUUAAUUUUAUUUAUUCAAACUUCCUGACUUAUAAGACGUAGUUUAAGUCUUUUGGCAUGCCGGGAGUGAAAUUAAUCUCAUUUAAGUCUUAUUCGUUAACCAUCUAAUAACGCGAUUUAAAACGCAUCAACGACUUUUGGUGUAGCUAUUAACCAACUAAAAAAAGGUGAUAGCCAUGCAACUAUUAAAAUUAGAUUGUAUGAUUUGUCUUUUAACGCUUUUUGAUACAAGUUUUAGUUAUAAAAGUAAAUCAUACAAUAAAACAUUUUUAUGAUUUUCCUCGACAGAUACUUUAAACAAACACAUGAAACUGAC